UACCAUUUUCCUGCUGUCUCUAGGGGGUGACGCCUUUGUCCCAGAAAGAAGUGUCCUGACUGGGUGACCCGUACGUGGGCGGUGCCUUGGAGGCCCUCCCUGGGUCGGUGGCUUGGAGCCUAGCGGAGGACGUCGGGGAUUGAGCGGGCUUUGGGGAGCAGUGGACAGGCGGAGGCGCUCACACUUCUCAGCCGUCGGCCUUUCUGUGGAGUCCAAUCAGAAAGCGGUCGAAUGCGGGAGGCGGGUGAGGGGACAAAGAGGUGACAAGGAAGGGGCCUGUCGACCUCGGGGGCCGCGCUGGCCAGGAGCUUGGGGCCUCCGUGUACUCCCGCUGUAGACAGAGCGCCUCUGAGUCUCGAGACCAGGGCACCCCGCAGCAGAGGAGCGCGAGGUUUUAUUUGGUCUUGGCCAGUAGCUCAAAGAGGGCUCCGUUAUUUUCAGGCCACCAGCAACCCCAGCACCAAAAUCAGGGACUCACAUCUAAGGCUUUUCUUGGUAACCUCUGUUUUAGAGUCCACUGGCAGGCUGUAAACAGUCCCAAGAGAUAAUACAAACGUGUCUUGAAAUUCAGCCACAAAAAUCAUCAAAUAAUCAUCAAGCAGUUGAUGGAACACUGCGGCUGCGUCGACAGCAGCCAGCCUCCUCCCCAGAUGGUUCGCAUCGGGUGGGGGGUAUCACUAUGCCCUGGUUCUUUCCUCUCCCCACCUGAGAAGCAAAGAAUGUCGGGUGAGAAGCCUUCUCGUGUUUUCUCUUAAGUGCAUUCUGCUUAACGAUGCUGUUGUCCUGUGCAGCUGACCAUGCGGCGGCUGUCAAUGUUUCGUUAGUGGAAUUGCUGGCCGUAUCUAAUCUAGGACCAAACUCUCAUUCAACUGUUGAGUGUGUUUUAUAACACCGCUUACGGACCGCAGAGGCUCGGCAGGCCGUCUACUUGUAUUUUGCAGACAUACCUUAAUUUUCUCAUUCUAGCUACUGCACAGACUGGCUUUGUAUCUUGUACUAUGAGUGUGAGUUGACUUUCUUCCAGCAUAGUCUCCUUCGGGGUGGCGCUGAAUAUCCCCUCAUUUCAACUUUUUGUGCCUUUGCCUCAUUUUUCUAAACCAUAAUGUCUAGCCUGGUCUCAGCUCCAAGGCAAGAACAGAAAUACAGCCUAUAGAUGAGAGAGACAAAGCUGGCCUCCUUCCCGCGAUUUUCAAAGUUCUCUCUGGUGGGCGAGGUGGGACACCUAGGCUGCCGCCAGACUCCAGAGCUUUGUACUACAUGAAGAAGCUCUAUAAGACAUAUGCUACGAAGGAAGGGAUUCCUAAAUCUAAUAGAAGUCACCUCUACAACACUGUUCGGCUCUUCACCCCCUGUACCCAGCACAAGCAGGCUCCUGGAGACCAGGUAACAGGAAUCCUUCCGUCAGUGGACCUGCUGUUUAACCUGGAUCGCAUUACUACCGUCGAACACUUACUCAAGUCAGUCUUGCUGUACACUAUCAAUGACUCAGUUUCUUUUUCCUCUGCUAUCACAUGUGUGUGCACCCUGAUGAUGAAGGAGCCAGAGUUUUCUAGCAAGACUUUCCGCAGAGGUCCAUACUCAUUUACCUUUAACUCACAGUUUGAAUUUGAAAAGAAACACAAGUGGAUUGAGAUUGAUGUGACCAGCCUCCUUCAACCUUUAGUGGCCUCCAGCAAGAGAAGUGUUCACAUGUCUGUAAAUUUUACAUGCAUGAAAGACCAGCUGCAGCAUCCUUUAGCACAGAAUGGUUUGUUUAACAUGACUCUUCUGGUGCCCCCCUCACUCAUCUUAUAUUUGAAUGACACAAGUGCUCAGGCUUAUCACAGGUGGUAUUCCCUUCACUAUAAAAGGAGGCCUUCCCAGUGUCCUGACCAGGAGAGAAGUCAGUCUGCCUAUCCUGUGGGAGAAGAGGCUACUGAGGAUGGAAGAACUUCCCAUCACCGUCACCGCAGAGGUCAGGAAACUGUCAGCUCUAAAUUGAAGAAGCCCCUGGUCCCAGCUGCCCUCAAUCUGAGUGAGUACUUCAAACAGUUUCUUUUUCCCCAAAAUGAGUGUGAGCUCCAUGACUUUAGACUUAGCUUUAGUCAGCUGAAGUGGGACAACUGGAUUGUGGCUCCACACAGGUACAACCCUCGAUACUGUAAAGGGGACUGUCCAAGGGCAGUUGGACAUCGGUAUGGCUCUCCAGUUCACACCAUGGUGCAGAACAUCAUCUAUGAGAAGCUGGACUCCUCAGUGCCAAGACCAUCAUGUGUACCUGCCAAAUACAGCCCCUUGAGUGUGUUGACCAUUGAGCCUGAUGGCUCAAUUGCCUAUAAAGAGUAUGAAGAUAUGAUAGCUACAAAGUGUACCUGUCGUUAACAAAUGGUCCUCUUAAAACCUUGAGCCUAUUUGGCAAAGUAUCUGUGCCUUCAAGAGAAAGCUUCAUAUGUUAAGUCUCAAUAAAAUGCAGUAUAUGUUGUAUAAAGAGGACCCUGUGUAGAUUAGUACCUUACAUGGCAUCUAUUAGGAUAACGGGAUAACAUCAAUUGUUGCUUCAGAUCCUUUUUUUAUUUCCAAAUUUAAAUGAAAUAUAAUUAUUGUGGAGAACUUUACAUUUUUUUCCUUGAGCUAUUUUCUUUUCAUAGGAGUCUUUUUCUUGAUAGGGAAAAAAACGUUAAUUAGCAUAAAUCCUGGAUGGACUUGCACUAUAAAUAGGCAAUUCAGAUUGUAGUCUUAAUCCAAAAAUAAAUUUCUGUCAAUGGCA